AUGAGGGGGGAGGAGGCGGUGACCGCGGUGGCGAUGCCCGAGGCGGGCCGCGACGGCGAGCAGCCUCUGCCGCCCGCAGGCUUGGGAUGCGGGGCGCGCGGGGAGACCGGAGGCCGCGGCCCCCAGGAGUCCCGGAAGCAGUGUGAGUUCUCUUUCAGCCUCGGACCCCGCGGGAGGUACGUGAGCGAGGAGAAGCGGCAUCUGAAAAGAGGAGAAUGUGCUCUCAAGAAUCCCUCAUCAGUGGCCCUGGAAGGGAUUUGGAGCAUUGAAAGGAAUCUCCCUGUGGGAGGCUUGAAGCCAGGACUGCCGAGCAGAAACAGUUUACUGCCACAAGCCAAGUACUAUUCGAGGCACGGAGGGCUACGAAGUAAGACCUGGAUACCCUUGACUUCCACCCCAAGCAUGGAGGAUACUGAGCGGUUUAUAAACCAGUGGUAUAUGCUUUAUUUACAGCUCUCAGUCGAAAGCCAAUCUUCUUUUGAUUUGCUUCUCUCAGGUUACUUGUAGUUUGGCUACAUUGCCUCAUUGUGGAACUUAAAUAGUAAUAGUUUAAGUAACCAAUUUACUCCACGGAUACAAUAGAAGUUCACACUCUUGAGUUAUACUCCUGACUCUUUCCUUUCCUUUUUAUCCACAGAAGACCUUCCAGCACACGGGCUCAGUGGGAAGGAAUCUUGCACUGCCCUUUCUUCUAGACAGAUGAUCUGCGUUUACUAGUGGAAAUGAGGAAAGGGAGAUGAGGGAAUUCAGGAAGAAUAAGGCAACUGCUUUGCUAGGUUCCAUUAGUUUUACCCUAUUUUAGGUAGGAGGCCACCAAGGCUGGCCCCAGUAGACUGUUCCUCACAGACAUUAUGUUUGGGGAAAAGCUAUUACUCAUUCCUCACUGUCCCAGCCGAUGUCUGCCAGCGAUAUUUGUGGCAGGAUGUGGAGAAGGCAGGGGUUCUGACAUGGAAGCACAAGCAGUGUCCAGGUAGUGUACGGACAUACAACUGGGUCUAUAAGUCCUGAAAACAGCUCUACAAUUGGGAGGGAACCCUGGGCUGAGAGGAAAGAAGUGGGUAAGUGCCAAGCUUGGGUCCUCUUAACCAAGAUAUGAGUCAUACUGGCAAAUGCUAUAUAGCACUUCAUAUUCUAGAUUCUUCAUAUAUAAUUAUAUAUUAAAUCUUUACAACAAUCACAUGAAACAAGUACAGUUCAUUUCACAGAUGAGGAAACUGAGGCACAAAAAGGUUUGAAUAAUUUACCCAAGUCGUUCAGCUAGUGAGUAGAAGUCAUGAGGCACCACCAACUCUGUGAGCCAACGGUACACAGGAACUGGGCUGUCUGGUGAAUCUGGAAUGGUGUGAGGGCUCAGCCCAAGUGCCACAAAAGAGGGGGGUCCCCAGGGAGGAAGCCUCCAGAAUAUGGAUUCAGUAGGAGGAAAAUACAGCCACUAAAGACUGGGACACAAGGUGAAAAAAUAAACAAACAAAAAACUUGUUACUUAAGGGGAUUCGUGUAGCGAAAAGGAACCAGUAAUAGAGACCUGGGUUUAAUAAUAAUAAAGUAGUAGCCACCAUUUAUCAUGUGCCAGGCAUGGCAGUCUUUUAUAGUUAUGUAAUCCACAGGGUCACAUGAGAUGAGAGUUUCAAUCUUCAUUUUUCACGUGAGAAAACUGAGGCUUGGAGACAUUACAUUACCCAAGAUACUAUGUCUAGGGGGUAGUGAGGCCAGAACUACAGACCUGUUUCCAUCUGACUCCAAGACUAUGCUUCAACCUUUGGGCCAUCAUGGCAGAGAAUUUGCUCAUCAGAAAACAAGGGUGGAAUAGUAGUGGUUAAACAGGCACAAAUGCCAGGGCCAUGGGAAUUCAGGGUUA